CCACUCCCAUUUUCUUUACAGACGCGAAGUUACAGUCCUACAGCAUGGAUCGCAUUCUGUUAUUAAACCUUGUGUGACUGCAAGAAACAAACAACUUAAACGCGUAACGACUCCAUAUUGUCCCCUGAGACAUUACAACUGUGCCCAGUACACAAUAUAUUUGAGUGCAAAGUGGCAUUUGUGUGACAUUAAUGGUCAUUGUGAAAUAUAACUGAAAAAAAAAUUGAUGUGUUGUCAACUACAAGGUCAAGGUCAACAAAUGUACAUUUACAAAUAUUUUUAAAAUUACAGCAUACAUUUGAAAUACGCUAGUGAAAGAAAUGCAACGUUGGAGGAACGUGACAAAGAAUUGACAGAGGCUGGAAUACCAGCAACAACAAACACAAUAAUCAUGCAACGACGUCACCUGCUCUAUCCUUUACCAAGUUCGCGUUUCAAGAUGCAUCUCCGUGGUUGAAAACAAGCGUGAAGAUGCCGCCUAUAACGACUCUCGGAGCCCUAGCGGGAAGCAGCGGUCUCAUCUGGGGCAUUGUUCCACUGUUCGCGAUUGGCUUGGCCUACUUCCGUUACAACACCUUCGACCCUGAAUCCAGGCCGAUAGACAUCACCGAAACACUCAGCGAAUAUGAUUUUAUAGUUGUGGGAGGCGGUUCGGCAGGCGCUGUCGUUGCAAAUCGCUUGUCAGAGAUUUCCAACUGGUCUGUGUUACUGCUAGAAGCCGGAGGACACGAAACUGAAAUAUCUGAUAUACCGUCACUUGCCGGAUAUCUUCAGCUGUCAGACAUGGACUGGAAAUAUCAAACAUCACCGCCGACAGAAUCUCAGUACUGCCUUGCAAUGCUGGGUGACAGGUGCAACUGGCCACGCGGGAAAGUACUCGGAGGUUCUAGUGUCCUGAAUGCGAUGGUGUACGUCAGAGGAAAUCGACAUGAUUACGACCACUGGGCUGAGUUGGGAAACGAGGGAUGGAGCUAUAAAGAAAUUCUUCCUUACUUUAAAAAAUCAGAAGACAACAGAAAUCCUUACAUAGCGAGGACUCCAUAUCACACCACAGGUGGCUAUCUCACUGUUCAGGAGUCGCCCUGGAGAACUCCCCUUUCCCUUGCUUUCGUGCAAGCCGGUGUUGAACUGGGAUACGAAAACAGAGACUGCAAUGGUGGGCGUCAAACAGGUUUUAUGAUCACUCAGGGAACUAUCAGAAGAGGUUCACGGUGCAGCACGGCAAAGGCAUUCCUACGACCAAUACGUUUACGAAGAAAUCUCCAUGUAGCCAUGCACGCUCAUGUCAUGAAGGUACUGAUAGAUUCUUCGGGUACACACGGUCGGCCGAGAGCACGAGCAGUACAAUUCCUGAGGAACAGCAAUUCGAACAUAGUGAGGGCUCGACGCGAAGUAAUACUGUCUGCAGGUGCCAUAGGAUCACCACAGCUGCUGAUGCUCUCCGGUAUCGGACCAAAAGAACACCUCCAACAAUUCAACAUACCCGUGAUCCAGGAUCUCAAAGUCGGGCAUAACCUACAAGACCACGUGGGUCUAGGUGGUUUAACUUUCGUCGUAGAUGAGCCCGUCACUUUCAAGAAAUCCCGGUACCAGACAAUACCAGUAGCCUUAGAAUACAUGAUAAAUGAGCGCGGUCCUCUCACAAUCCUUGGCGUGGAGGGAGUUGCCUUUGUCAACACAAAAUACGCCAACAGUUCCAUAGACUGGCCAGACAUUCAGUUUCAUUUUGCACCAAGUUCCAUAAACUCGGAUGGUGGAGAACAAAUACGACGAGCACUUGGUCUCCGUGACAGGGUAUACAACACGGUGUACAAGCCCCUCGUUAAGGCGGAGACUUGGACCAUUUUACCACUACUCCUCAGACCACGAAGUACGGGCUGGGUUCGACUCAGAAGCGCGAAUUAUCUUCAUCAUCCUGAGUUAAUACCAAACUACUUCGCCUUCCCCGAGGACGUUGCUGUAUUGGUAGAAGGUAUUAAGAUAGCUAUAAACAUAUCAUCUACCCCUGCUUUUCGAAGGUUCGGUUCCAGGCUUCAUACGAUACCAAUGCCUGGAUGUGGACUGCAUACUUUCCAGUCUGACGAGUACUGGGAAUGUGCGUUGCGACAUUUUACAUUUACCAUCUAUCAUCCGUCUGGCACUUGUAAGAUGGGCCCGCACUCAGACCCUGAUGCAGUCUUAGAUCCCAGACUAAAAGUGAGAGGAGUGGAGGGGCUCAGGGUAAUAGAUGCGUCCAUAAUGCCAACGAUUAUCAGCGGGAAUCCCAACGCUCCUGUAAUAAUGAUAGCAGAGAAAGGAGCUGAUAUGAUCAAAGAAGACUGGAAAGUAAUUUGACAAUUUUAAAUCGUUGUUGGAGGACGCCUUAGUUUCUUAUCUUCGGAUUAUAAAACUGUUUUGUACCCAAAUGACGUGAUAUUUACAAGGCACAGUAACACAUUAAUCUAUAAAAUAAGUCUACUUUACUAAAUAUCAGAACAAAGUAAGAAACACUGAUGCAAUACAAUAGUGUAUUAAUUCCAAUAGACAAUUUUGCAUUAAUGUUUGUUCAAUAUUCUUCGAUUAUGUCAGCUUCUAACAACUUCAUGUUAAUCACAACUCUUAAGACUGGAAACAUUUAAGGCCGUAUUGGCACUGUAACAUAAAAGAUCAAGAGCCAAAACAUUAUAUUAGUGUUCCCAUUAAUGUGUUCAAUUAGAAUGUCGCAAGAUUAAACAUUAACGUGUGUUAUAUGUGACUACAAUGUAACCAUACAAGUCUGUAUAAUGUAACGCAUGACGGAGGAGUGAGUGUUUUAAGAAAGCACUACAAUUUUAUACGAACGAAAUUUGACGACCUUCGGAUGAAGGGCUAAAAUACUUGUGUACACUAA